AUGGCAUUCGUCCUACCUUCACUCGUAUCACGGCGCUGCCUGACGUCGGCAGCAAACGGAAAAAGUGCCAAUGCUAGACAAUUGUUCUCUCACCCCACCUUGAAGCCAUUCUCAACCUCUGGCUCCCGGUUUGCCUCUACUACUUCCCGUAAUUUCCCUUCUCCGAUAUGGAGGGCAUUGCACGAGGCUGGGCAGAAUCGUCCAAGCUUAUCUUUCGUAACAAAAGGGAUUGCUGUUGCUGGAGUUGGUAUUGGGUUGUCUACUCUUCGGAAGGAACCUGUUUUCUGUGAUGCACCUCCACCUCCGAAAGCAACAGACUCUAUUUACCCGGACGAUAGGCCCCCUCCUCCUGUAUCAUCUGUGUCGUUGUAUGAAUUGAGCUUUGGCACGGUUGUGGGGUUAUGCGCCGGAGUGUUUGUCAAAAAAGGUGCUAAAGCAGUCGCGUGGUUCCUCGGUGGUGUUUUCGUCCUCCUCCAGUAUAUGGGCUCAGCAUCGCUUGUCCGCGUCGAUUGGAACAAGGCCGCAAGCAAGUUUGAGAAUUUAUUUUACACCAAAGAUGCUGCGGGAGGAACCAGACCCCCCAAUGUUCUUUCGCUUUGGAAUUGGAUGAUAGACUUCUUGACGGCCGAUUUCCAGCCAAGGGCGUCGUUCGUCGCUGGAUUUGUUCUGGGGCUGAGAAUUGGCUAA